CCGCAACCCCGGAUCUGGGACUGGGCAUGCUCAGUCGCCGCCCGCGUCGCGCUCCGCGGGAAACCACUGCACGCCCUUCUUGGGGUGCUCUCGGUAGCCUCUUCGCAGCUGGCCGGCCGCAUUGCAUCCUCUCUUGCUUCGCUCCCUGCGACCCAGAUUCCUGCCCCGCCCCCGCUCCUCCUGCGCCCACAGCCAGUGCGGCAGCAGUGGCCUCCCUUGUUCAGCCUCGGUGCGGGAGACGGUCGGCGUCGUUCGCCGCCGCGGAGCGCGCAGCCGGGGCGGCCUGGGGAAGGCGGGGAUGGAGAGCCGGCUGCCGCGCGCCGGAACCUGCUGAGCCGCCGCCGCUGGGGUCCAGCUUACACUUACUUGGACAAAAACAAAUUUGGAAGCAAUUACUUGAGGAUUGUUCUGCAUAGCAUCUGGAUAGUCAAAGCAGGCACAAUGAAGCACUUCCUGAGAAUGUUGAUCCAGGUGUGCCUGUACUUUUACUGUAAGUUUCUGUGGCGCUGUCUGAAAUUUGUGAUGAGGAAGCUGACAGGACGAUGUGAACUGCAGCGGAUCUGUUACAAUACCAAGCCUGGAGCUUCUAGAACCAUGAAAAUUGAAACAUCCCUGAGGGAUUCAAAAAGUAAGCUGUUGCAGACUUCUGUGAGCGUUCACCCUGAUGCUAUUGAAAAGACUAUAGACGACAUCAUGGAAUUGAAAAAAAUUAAUCCUGACAUAAAUCCACAGUUGGGCAUCUCUCUUCAGGCUUGCCUUCUGCAAAUUGUUGGGUACAGAAAUCUUAUUGCAGAUGUUGAAAAACUGCGUAGAGAACCCUAUGAUUCCGAUAAUCCCCAACAUGAAGAAAUGCUUUUGAAGUUAUGGAAAUUCUUGAAGCCCAGUACUCCACUAGAAUCUCGGAUCUCUAAGCAAUGGUGUGAAAUUGGUUUCCAAGGCGAUGAUCCUAAAACAGAUUUUCGAGGAAUGGGACUUCUGGGAUUGUACAAUUUACAGUAUUUUGCGGAAAGGGAUGCUACAGCAGCUCAGCAGGUCCUUUCUGACUCUCUUCAUCCAAAAUGCAGCAAAUUCAGCAAAGCAGAAUGGGAAAAGAAAAGAAUGGAUAAAGCAAUUGGGUACUCAUUUGCAAUUGUGGGCAUCAACAUAACAGAUCUGGCAUAUAAUCUACUGAUCAGUGGAGCUCUAAAAACCCACUUCUACAACAUCGCCCCAGAAGCUCCAACAUUGUCCCACUUCCAGCAGACGUUCUGCUAUUUGAUGCACGAGUUUCAUAAAUUUUGGAUUGAAGAGGACCCCAUGGACAUAAUGGAAUUUAAUCGCGUGCGGGAGAAAUUCCGCAAGAGGAUCAUAAAACAGCUGCAGAACCCAGACAUGGCAUUGUGCCCACAUUUUGCUGCCUCGGAAGGUUUAAUCAACAUGUAGUCGCGCACGCUGCUUUUGAUGGAUACCCUGGAACACUGCCUCAUUGUCAUGUUAGAUCUCUGUUUAGGUCACAGCUCACACUCUGAAUGCACACAGUGAUUGUAUGCAUGCCUUUUGAUACAGUAUUUUCAUCUCGUGUUCAUAAUUACCAGAUCUCCAGAUACCACUAUUCUAGAGUAUCUGUCAUCCAGUGACUGCUCAUUUUGUGGCAUUAUGCAGUGUUACAUCUUGCCUUGACAUCCAGGUAUGGAGAGAGUUUUCUAUUUUUUUAGAUUUUUUCCCUCCCCCUCAUAAUUCAGCAUUAAAGAAUUGUAUUUCUCUAGCUGUAUUUUGUAUGUAAGAGAUUUAGCUGAAUCUUGUUCUGUGAAAGCCUUUUAAUUUAUUGGUAUGUUUCAUUACUACUGCUGCUAGCUUUUCAAGCCAGGUUCGUGCUUGGACCUCAUUCUGAUAAAAUAUAAGACUUUAAAGUAAUACAGACAGACACAUGAUACGCCAAACUGUUCCUGCAAGCAUAGCCGCACUUCGUGUAAAUGUAACGAGGCUUACAAACAAUAGAAGCUGUUUUGUUUGAAGUGCCGCAUAAUUACAUUGUAUCUUACCCCCAGUUGCAAUUGUGUCCUAGUCAUCUGGAUAUCAAAUUAUUUCAUUCCCAUAAUUUCGCUGGCUUGGAUGCCUAAAUAUGUUUAUGAUGCUUGGCUCCUCAGAAAAGAAGUAUGCAUAUUUCAAAAGCCGCAAAAGGUUUUCACUGUCUGUCUCUUGUUGAACUCAGAGUUAUACCUUUGCCCUGUUCUGAUCCAAGCACCUUUGCUUGAGGAGUGCUGACUGGUUUGUUUCCUGUAUCUAGAGACAAUAUUUAAAAAGACAUUUUGCAAGAAAGUAUGCUGCAAGAGAGGAACCUAAGCUAUGUCAUUCUGUAUUAUUUCUUGGAAAUAAUGAUCUCGUCUUGUACCAGUGGAAGAAGUAAUUGCUCAAAGGUGGGGGAAAUCAAAUCAUUCCAAAAUGGCUAAAACUCAUUUAAAAACCCAUGAUUUAGUUUGGAAUUAUGAUUGUAGUCUGUUGAAUAGUAUUUACCAUGGCAUUUCAUACCCAUGGUAUUUUAUACCUUCUGACUAUCAAUUUUAGUAUUAUUAGAUGUUUGUGUAAUCACUCGCUUAUUUAAAUGAAUUUUGAGUACUGCCUGUUGAUUAUAUGAAUAAAUUACAUGUCAUUCUACUGUAACAUAGAGUGG